AUGUCUCAUUUCAAUCCGCAAUCCGCCUUCUUGGCCAACUUUGGAAGUCCGAUUCCUAUUAAUCGGCAGAAGACGAUUCCGAUCGAAACGGAAAAGUACGAGGGAUUCUUCCGUUCAGUCUACGAAACUCUGACGAAUGCGUCGUCUGAAACACAAAAAGUGAUUCAUUACCUUUGCGAAAAAGACUUUGUAGACGUCUGCAAGUUCGUUUACAGUCAUCUUUCAUUAUUUCAAACCCAUUGACUUCAGAUAUUACCUGAAGUUCCGUCUCGACAUGAUUCAUCUGGUCGCAGUCGGGGAAAAGUCGAAGGACUCUGUGAACAAGAAAAGUCUGGAAGUCCACAGUCAAAUGCCACGUGCCAUCUCGACCAUAAUCAACUCGAUCGGGAUAGUGAACUGUGCCCAAGACACGUUCACUCUUGUGCCCGUGGCCACCGGACUUUCGGUGAUCUCUCUGAGUCACAACGUGAGAGAAGCGUAUUCCCGUUUCGUACAUCAUCUGAAGGAUCACGAUAAAAUUGUAGUGGAGGAAUUCAGCUACUCGCCAUUCGGAACUCCAUUCUGGGCUCUGAAUGUCCGUGAACCAUGCGGAAACAAGCUGAAGGCUCCCCGGGAGAACGUCGUCGUCCGCGCAUCGUUCUCCGAAUGGACUGGAAGAGAUGCCUUGCUGGCUGCCAUUAUGCAGGUCCCGCUCGAGAAUGAUGUGCUGAGUCCGACGGAACAUUUGAGAUUUGAAUCGCCAAUCAUUCACAACGUCUUCCAAAUGCGAAAAUUGUUCUUUCACAAUGGUAUUAUCUGA